GCCAUCCUCUUCCUAUCAAUCGAGCUUGGGUUGAUUUCGUUAAGGGUGCAUAAGUUCUUAUGAUCAAAUUAGAACUUUUUAAAACUUGAUCCUGCUCUAUUCAUAACUGAAGAGUGGUUGUGUUCCAAAAAUGGAAUAUUUCUUCACUGACACAGAUAAAACACUGACCUUCCCUUCUGUCAUGGGGCCUCUUUUGGCCAGCAAUAAACAAAAUGCAAACACUGAGAGUAUUGUGCAAGCAAGAGGAAAAUGGUGGCAGUAACAGAUAUAUACAGAGAAGAAGAGCCCUUUGGUUGAAUCACUAACCAGUGGGUCAGAUAUUGUUUCAGGAAGGAGACAAGGAAGAACACUCAAUUUUCCCUCUCCAGUCAUGCAAUUUUUGAGGAUUGUUAGGCCUCUCCUUCCUGGAUUUAGGGUUUCACAGCUAACAUUUCUGGUCUUGCGCUUGUAAAUGCAUAUCUGUAGACUACUUCCUCCUUGUAUCUACCAUAUUAUUGCAUGCAUGGGGUGAGCUUUUCGGCUUCUUUUACUAUGUACAUGGUACUUUCUGUUGGAUUCUGGAUAAAAAAAAAUUUAUUGAUUUCGCCUUUAUCAACAGAAGCUUGAAUUCCUAUAAGUUUCUUUCCUGUUCUACUCUGCUUGCCUGAGUUUUCUGGUUUGUAUCACUAUAAUAUGUAGGUUAAGUUUACUUUUAAUCUGGUUAGAAACUUUUCUGUGUUUGUGUUUGCUUAUUCUGUAAGCAAGCUUCAAUGGAGUGAACAGAGAAACAUGCUUAUGGCUUUUAUACUGUAUUAUUUAUUCUUUCCUUCAAGUAGUGGUCAAUCCGGUACCUCUCAGACAAGGUUAUUCUUUUGCAUAGGUUUAUGUAGUAAUUAGUAACUAUGUUUUCUGAGUUUUGUUUCCUGUACUAAACUGAGAGAUGCUCUGAGAAUCACCCUGCUGUUUAUUUCUGUUGUUUUCUCUGGUGCUUGUUUCUGGGCUUUCUUUUUUGUAACCAUGGAAUCAUUUAAGAACAGAUGCAAGUCUGUUUUCAGUGUGAGGAAAUCUUUCCUAAACCAAACUGAGAGAUGCUUUGAGAAUAAACCCUGCUGUUCAUUUGUUUUGUUUUGUGGUGCUUGUUUCCAGGCUUUCUUGUUUGUAACUAUGGAAUCAUUUAAGAGCAAAUGCAAUGCUUUGUUUAGUAGCAGAGGUUGUUUUGGUUGCUGUGCUAAACUUUCUACACUUUUAACUGUUGAUGACCCAUCAAAGGGUCUGGCAAGUCAAGGUCGAACAGUAAAGCGAGCCAGCACUGUAGAUGACAUCUGGAGCACCAGUGCAGGCGAAAUGGACCUUAGCGGAGAACAAUCCCAAAGAAGUUUUUCAUCAAUCAUGACCUUGAAUCAGCCCUUUCAUCCUUAUACUAAUGAUGGAAGCACAAGCAAUUCUUUUGAAUUUUUAAACCCUGGCAAGUUUUUAUAUAUUCGCUUCUUCAAUAUGUCACAUUCAAUGAAACGUCCGUGUUGUUUCCUUAAUGUUGAAUGCAGCUAUGAAAUGACCUUUAGCUAUAGAUGCUUGUUGAAUGCAGGUCUUCUUCUUUGGAAGCAAACAAGGCAGCAAUGGCUUGCAAAUAAAAGGUCUCCAAACAAUACACAAGUUCAAGAGCCGACAAUAAGAGGGAAUGCCACGUACGAGAGUUUAGUCGGAACGAACAAGCCUUUCCCCCGACGUAUCCCUCUCACUGAAAUGGUGGAUUUUCUUGUUGAUAUUUGGGAACAUGAAGGCUUACAUGACUAAAAUAAGCUGGAAAUUUUUACAAGUGCUUUCUCCUCAUUCAAAGUAUAGCCUAAGGAUGCAUCUUCCAUAUGAUUUCUAUAGCCUUUCUUUCUUUCUUUCUUUCUUUGAUUGAAGUGUAUCCUUCUUGUGGAGCAGCAGUUGCUGUGCAAUUAUGUUGAAUUGAUUCAGUCAUAGGCACAGGAGUUGUAAAAAUCAAAAUCCUCAUUUCUUGUGGGAGUUGUUUGGUAUAUGUCACUUUCAGAUUAAUCAAUUUAUUUUCUAUUUUACCAAA